GCUGCAAUGAUUAUGUUACAAGAACCAAGUACUUGUGGAGAAGACGUUCUCAAGUUAUAUGCUAAUGCCAAGCUUGGUGUUCAGGAGAGGGGGAAGAGUGAAAUAGAAACUGUAAUGCAGCUUUUAAGGGAAACCCCAGGAAUGUCGUCUUUACAUAUGGCAGUUUUGUCUCAUUUGUCUUGCAAUUUGCCUAAAGAGAUUAAACGCCGUUUAGAUAGGGUUGGUCAUCUUGACAGAGAAUUUGAUGAUGACACAAAGAGAGCUGUAGAGGCUGCAGCCAGUGAAGAGUUCCUUCGAUGUUUGCUGCUAACUCCAGCUCCUCCUCAUCACUUACGGGACAGUUUUCGCUCUGUCCUUCCAGAAAUAUCAGCAAGUUGCAACAAGUGGCCUGAAUAUUUGGCACUGCUAGAAUCAGAAGCAGAAAUAAUUUCACGGAAUCAACAGUGUGCAGGUGACUUGUUGGGAGGAUUGGCACCACCUCCACAGUCAGAAGCGAUGCUUGCUCUUAAUGCUUCACAACUUGUUAAGCUCUUUACAAAAAAUGGUUCACCAGCUGAGCAUGUCAAACGAAAGAUGACUAAACACACUUCCUCUGGUUGCCACCUGUUUAAGACUAAAUCUACCCUCACGGAGGUGAAAAGUCUAAAGUGGCCUGAAUCUCUGUAUUCCCAUCACCAUGGCAUAUACUAUAACAUAGAUGAACGACAUGAAAAGUUGACUGAAGAAUGUAAUCGUAUAAAGAAUCGAUAUAUCAUCCAAGAAACUGCUUCAACAUGUAGCUCUUAUCAAGAUAGGGAGUCUGCGUAUGUUACGGUUUCAUCACACAAAUCCAAAAGUAAGGAGCCUCAGCUUCAAGGUAAAACUGCAAAUUCCCUGGAGAAACAUAGAAGUCUGAGGCAACUUGGCUCCCGAUGCAGUGAUGAUACACUUAGUUUAAGAAGUGGACAGAGUUCAAGAUGUAAUCGAGGUCCACUGAGACGAUCUCCAAGAAAGCAUUUUCAACAAAGAUCCCCUUCAAAAAAUGCAAACAGUGGAAUAAGAGAGAAGAGGUCUUCAGGACAUCGAGAUUUAAUGAAGCCAUCAGAGUUAUUACAGCCAACAAGAUCCAGAGUUCCACCGAGAAAUAGUUCCAAUCCUUAUAAUAAAAGUGCACCUAAACCAGCUGAUCUAAGUGAUUUGCACAAACAGGUAAGCAUUUGUUUUAUUCCUUUUCUAAACCAAUUGAUGACUGUUUGCUGAAGUACAGUACAUAUACAGUAGAUGUACUUUAAUCUUGAUAUAUAUAGGUAGUUUCAUGUAGUGAAAUACUGUAGAUAUCUCUUGUAAUGUAAAUUUACUUCCGUGUCACUGAGUGAAGUAGAAGGCAAAAGAAUUAUUCCAAAAACUUUAUUCACAGAUUAAGCUAGAGUACCAAUGUAUUCUAGCUUAAUCUGUGAAUGAAGCUGAAAAUCAGUAAAUUUCAGCGCUUAUCGACUCUGAUAAGUAAUUUUGGGGAUGAUAAAUGGUUAAUGGCACCUCUGUUGGGUAUGUAUUGAUGCCAGAAACCGGAAGUCAGUGCAUUUUGGUGCCGAUGACCAAAAAUCGGAGCACUUUGGCGCUGAUCACCGGAAAUCGGCACAUUUUGGUGCCGAAAAUGCCUGUACAGGCAGUCCCCAGUUAUUGCCCAUUGCCUAAUGGCGAUUCGGCUUUAUGGCGCUUGUCACAGUUACAGUUAAUGGAGAUUUUCACUAAUCAGCACCCAGUUGAGAUUGGAACCCCCACUGACAACUGGGGACUGCCUGUACUCAAAUGUUUUGCAUACCAAGUACUACAUUGAGGCCACAUGACCAAGUGACUUGUAUGCAGGCAUCUUACACAGACAGAGAAAGGUCUCUCAUGUUUGACGAAGUUCUGGGAGAGAAUAAGAGAGCAUGAAAGGGAACUUCUAGCCUGGAAUGGUAGGUACAGGUAGCAGAAUUGUUUUAUUAGCAGGCUUUUGUUUUAGGACUUUGUCCUCCCUUCCUCAAGACAUGAACAAAUAUCUCCUCUUUUUCCAGAUUUGCACAUGUCAUUUUAAAGUGAUUUUUGAGAAAAACACCAUUAGAAGUUUUUUAAAACCAGUUCCCUGUGUAAUUGCCCAGUUUCCUGUUAGAGAGUAUGAGGAGGGGUUAGAGACUGAUUUUCAACCUCUUCCCUAUUAAGUUUGUCACAAACCUGAUUUUACUAGCCUUUUUUAUGGUUAUGCCUUGAAUACCCAUUAAAGAGAGAGGGGGGCGUACAAGAACUAAAGGUUGAAUGCUUUUGGAUAUCAUACUUUGUAACUCAUGUUAUUACCUCAGCUUGGCUUGAGCCCUUUGAAGGUAUUCAUUUAUUGUGGAUUCCUUUGAGAGGUGGGCUCAUGGUGCCUUUAAGAGUGUGACUCCUUCAGAUAUUGAUAAUUUUUUCAUCACAGAUGAAGGC